UUAGAGGAAGAUCCUAUUUGAGACAGUUUGCAUCAUGAAUUUUACACGAAGUAGUAAGUGCAUUGUUAAUAACGCGCACUCACGUGAGUUAUUUGCGUAAUUCUUGCAGUGCUUUUGGUCUGCGGGGCAAGAUGUCUGAGGAGAAGAAAAUGAGGCUUCCAUGUCCCAUUUUUCCUGUCAAUGGUCCCAAGCAAGGUACAUUUGAUUACUAUGUCCUUGUGUGUAAAGAUCUUGAUUGGAGUAUCCCUGCAUGGGAUUUUCUGAAGACUCCUAUUUUGGAGGCUGCAAAGGUGGAUAAAGCAGUUGGAGUUGAGACAUUGGUGUUUUCCUGUGACCAAGACUUGCCAGUGGUAUAUGCUCCAACAGGCCCUGUUAAUAGGGAUUAUGAUGAUGUGAGACGAUACUAUGAUGCAGCAGUGAAUGGAAUUAAAAGGGCUAUUAAGGGCGGAAGUAGAUGCCCACUCCUGGUGACCAUUUCAAAAGACACAUUCCCAAAUGCAUGGUCUGUUUCACUUCUUGGAGCUCUUCAUGCACUCUAUGUGGUAAGAAUCACUUAGCAUGUG